CUCGGUGGGUCGGCCAUUCGAAAAAGCGCGGUGUGAGGCAAACCUUACACAGCUGGUCGGUGUGGGCUUUUAAAGUUCGACGUGGUCUGGUUUUUAUUUUAAUUUUGUGUGCAGCCAUCUUUUCGUUUUCUUAGGGAAAUUUUCGUAAAUUUUUUCAAGUGUGUAUAUGUGCUAGAGGACAAUGACGUCAUCAAAGGCUGCUAUUUGAUAUUAUAUAUUUCUGGGUUUUUAGAUCGAAAUUUUCCGCAAAUCGCCGCUCCAAAAAACGAUGACAUUUCGAACAUCAGCAUGGACCACCUCGGCCGGCUAACGCAAGCGGAAUCCUGGCUUUUCGCCAGCCUCAUUUUCCUAGUGGGUGCGCACACCCGUCACGGCGCAGUCUUCAACGCCCCCCAAGGCUGCACCUACGUCAAAUCUUCGUUUCUUUUAUGCGCAAAUCGCUUAGAAGGAGACAGACUUGACUUGCCUGGUGAUGUAACUCAUUUAGAACUCAGAAAUUGCAGUGAAGCAAUUGUAGAUGUCAGGUUUGUGAGGCAUUUGCAAUGGACUCAGAGUGGCUUGAAUAAUGUAAAAGAUUGCCUUGUGAAUCCCGAAAAUCUUAAGACAAUAGAUCUGAGUCAAAAUUUGAUACGAGAAUUGGAAAACUACCAGUUUGCAAACUAUACAAGCUUGAGUUUUAUGAAUCUAAGCAACAACCGUAUAGUAAAUUUGCCUCGAUAUGUUUUCAAAAACCAAAAAUUGAAAACCUUGAGCUUGAGUCACAAUAAUCUACAAGCCUUGCCUUUUCAAGUAUUUGCAAUGGAACACAUGAACCAUUUGGACCUCAGCCACAAUUACCUAGCCACCUUCCUAGACCACUUCUUCAAAUUCAACAAAUACAUCGAAACUUUGUUGCUAAACAACAACCGCAUAACAAAACUGACUUCCAAUGCUUUGGCUGAUUUAACUGAGCUAAAACAGCUAGAUUUGAGCUACAAUUCCUUGCAAACUAUUGCAAAAGGGCUAUUUGACUCUUUAAACAAACUAGAAUUUUUAAGCUUAGCUCAAAAUCCCUUGAAAAAUUUAGCCAGUGGUACUUUUAGAGGCUCAAAAAACCUAAAAGAAUUGGACUUAAGUGGCAACAAAUUUACUCAUUUGACUUUUGGCCUGAUGCAUUUUAGCCCAAACCUAUUAACUUUGAAACUAGACAAUACAGACAUUGAAACAAUUCAUAAUUCUGAGCUACUAGGAGUUCCAAUGUUAAAGAAUCUAUCAAUAAGAAACAACAAAAAACUAAAGGAAAUAGAAAAUUAUGUUUUAGCAGAUACAAAUUUGCUAGAACACUUAGAUAUUAGUGGCAACGCCUUAAGUUUCCUACCAAAAAGCAUUACAAAUUUAUCGAGGCUUAAUUAUUUAGACAUGUCAGAUAAUCCAUGGGCCUGUGAUUGUCGCAUGUAUUGGUUUGCUGAUUGGGCGGAAAAUAGACGUAAUGUGACAAUGUCAGAACUGACGUGUGGGCCUGACGCUUAUCCAAAUGACAUGUUGCCCACAUUGCACCAUUUAAACUGUACCAGGCCGCAAAUUAUUUAUAAAACCCCUACAAGACUUUACAGGCUCAAAUCUGAUGCCUUAUUAGAGUGCAGAUAUUCAGCAUAUCCGCCUCCAUCUAUUACAUGGAUUACACCAAAAAGGGAAGUUUUCCAUUGGAACCCUGAUGCUGCCAUUCCGGAUGUUUUUAAAAAACAUCCGCACGCCCAUGAUAGGUAUAUGACGCCUCUGAGGAUUAUACCGCCCAGAAUACAGGUUCUAGACAACGGUACCUUAUGGGUGCGCAACGUAACCCGGGCCGAUUGCGGCCGCUACUAUUGCUAUGCAAGCAACCCAAUCUCCAACUUAACUGAGGAUGUUUUACUCCACAUUGACCCCACUGACUGGAACCACAUCCGAAUUGUCAGCCUUAUUGUGGGUACCCAAAGCGCUGCCGGAUUCCUAGGACUCACCUUAAUUGUCCAGUUUCUACGUUACAUACUUAACAGAUUCGGUAUCCUAAACAACUUUUGCAGCUUCUGCAAACGUGACCGAGUCUCACCGAGGGCCCGGCAAAUAUACGCAAUGCUCGACAACAUCGAACAAUACAAAUCCCAACAGCUGGAAAAACUACGCGAAAACUAUACACAACAGGUAAACAAAAUAAAAGACAAUUGUGCCCAGCAAAUGGACUGGAUCCAGAGCAGCUACCAAUCGCAAACCAAACAUCUCAAAGAUUUUCGUGAUAUUGGAACGCAGCAUUUGACCAACAUGCGAGGCCAAUAUUGUGAUCAAGUGCGCAAAGUACGCGAUUAUUCCACAACGCAGCUAAACUGGGUGCGCGAAAAUUAUGUAUUUCAACGUAACAAAAUACGUAAAUUCAGUGCCCAUAAGGUCCUACAACUACGCGAGACUUACAAGUACCAACAGCAAACUUUAAACAAAGUCCUAGAAAAUCUGCCUAGUUUAUAUUUUGAGAAUUGCCGUGCAGGUACCUGUGGACGAGCUGAAUCUUUAAUAUUUGAACCAGCUGAUUUAGAAAGUGUAGACUUCUAUAUUAAAUCAAAAAUAGACAAACUUAGCAGCCUAGACGAUUUAAACCAAAGUAAACUAUCAUUGUAUUAUACUCCAACUGAAAGGUCUAUGGGUUCCAAAGAGGCCCUGGCAGGUAUUCACAUAAAUUACAUAGAAAACAAGCCUCCUGAGAUGCCAAUUUUGGUACUACCUUCAACUUCGAAGGACGCGUAUAUUGUUCCUGACAGUCCUGUGAUGAGUAACGGCGAUUUAGUCAAUAUUGUGACGGAAAAAGGGGACGAUUUUGACAGGAUUUCCUCUAGUACGAGUUUGCAAAACUUACCAAAUUUUUCGGCGCACAACAAGAGGAAAUUGAGCCACGAAACUUCAUUGUAGUUUUGGUGUUUGAAAAAUAAAUCGUUUGUAGUUUUGAUUUUUUGUGUUUUACCUCUCACAGGCUAAUGAAGACUGAUGUGAUGUAAUUAUUAUUGUUUUAAGCCUCGUAUAGAUGUUGGAAAUUUGGUCUGUACGCAGGGAAUUUACUUGAUUGUACAAUAAAUAUCGUAGUUAUUAAAAAAUAGUGUCUUAA